AUGCUAAAAAUCCUCAUCCCCACCCUAAUACUAAUCCCAACAACAUGACUAACCCCAAAAUCAUGAGUAUGAACCACAACCACAGCCCAAAGCCUAGCUAUUGCCCUGCUAAGCCUAACCUGGCUAAAAUGAACCUCAGAAACAGGAUGAUCGACCUCAGGCCCAUAUAUAGCCACAGACCCCCUAUCAACCCCCCUCCUGGUCUUAACUUGCUGACUCCUUCCCCUCAUAAUCCUAGCCAGCCAAAACCACAUUUCCCCAGAACCUAUCAACCGACAACGAAGCUAUAUUACACUCCUAAUCCUCCUCCAAACUUUCCUCAUUAUAGCCUUUGGGGCCACCGAAAUCAUUAUAUUUUACAUUAUAUUUGAAGCCACCCUAAUCCCAACCCUUAUUAUCAUUACACGAUGAGGCAACCAAACAGAACGACUCAAUGCUGGCACCUACUUCCUGUUUUACACACUAGCCGGUUCUCUCCCCCUCCUAGUUGCUCUCCUAAUGACCCAAAAAGACAUAGGCACGCUUUCAAUACUUAUUAUUCAACACACCAAACCCACAAACCUCCUAUCCUGAGGAGAUAAAAUCUGAUGAGUAGGCUGCCUACUAGCCUUCCUAGUAAAAAUGCCCCUAUACGGCGUACACCUUUGAUUACCAAAAGCCCACGUAGAAGCCCCCAUCGCUGGUUCAAUAGUCCUAGCCGCCGUCCUCCUAAAACUUGGCGGAUACGGCAUAAUACGAAUUACGAUCAUACUAGACCCCCUAACCAAAGAAUUAGCCUACCCAUUCAUUAUUCUAGCCUUAUGAGGCAUUAUCAUAACCGGCUCUAUUUGCCUACGACAAACUGAUCUAAAAUCACUAAUUGCCUACUCAUCAGUCAGUCACAUAGGCCUUGUAGCGGGAGGUAUUCUCAUCCAAACCCCAUGAGGCUUCACAGGAGCCAUCAUCCUAAUAAUUGCUCACGGCCUAGUCUCAUCCGCACUAUUCUGUCUAGCCAACACAAACUAUGAACGAACCCACAGCCGAACCCUACUACUAACCCGAGGCUUACAAAUAAUUCUCCCACUAAUAGCCACAUGAUGAUUUAUCGCUAACCUAGCCAACCUGGCCCUCCCCCCGCUUCCCAACCUCAUGGGAGAAUUAGCAAUCAUCACCUCACUAUUUAGCUGAUCUCCCUGAACUAUUGUUUCAACAGGCCUAGGCACCUUAAUCACAGCCGGAUACUCUCUAUACAUAUUCCUAAUAACUCAACGAGGGCCCACCCCCCUGCACACAAUCUCCCUCCACCCCUCCCACACACGAGAGCACCUCCUAAUAGCCAUACACCUAAUCCCUGUCCUUCUCCUAGUCCUUAAACCCGAACUUAUAUGAGGGGUGUGCCACU